AUGGACGUAUAUGUCCAGAUCACAGGCCUGGACUCAGGGAGGAUGCGCAGAGUCAAGGCACUGCUUGACAGCAGUUGCAGUACCUGUUGCAUCAACACUGACUAUGCGCAGGCAGAAAGAUUGGAUAUCCAGGAACUCCCCCAACCCAUCAUGGCCCGUAACGCUAACAACGCCAAGAACAUCAGUGGCCAGAUCACACACUAUGUCAAUUUGAGGAUGAGAAUUGGCCCUCACGUGGAAACAUGCCCGUUCCUCCUGACAUGCCUGGGAAAAGCACAGAUCUUCAUUGGCUUUGAUUGGUUGAUGGAGCAUAACCCCGAGGUGGACUGGCACAAGCAGACAAUGAAAUUCAGUCGAUGUCCGGAACAGUGCAACAUGAGGGGUCACAAGGAGCAUCAGGCGAUGAUAGAUAUGGACUCAGUUGACCUGGACACGUGUGCAUCGGAGUUGGAGGAAGGAGAAUCAAUCCUAUUGGUCAACUUUGGGAAGGAGGUUGAUCUACGGCUAAAGGCAACGCCGGCGCAGAAGUUUGCAGAAGAAGCGGAAAAGGAGAGGGAGAGAAUGACCAAGGGGAAGGUUCCGGAUCAAUACCGGGAAUUCAUCAAGGUGUUCGCAAAAGAAUCAUUCGACUCGCUGCUAGACAGACGCACAUGGGACCACGCAAUUGAACUCAAACCUGGUUCCAAGGCAGUGGACUGCAAGGUCUACCCAUUGUCACGGAAUGAACAGGUCAAGCUGGACAAGUUCCUCAAAGAGAAUCUUGCCAGAAUGCAGAGAGGACUGGAGUCAACAGUAAGAAGCUCUGCAUUGCAAGACAAGACAAGAAAAGAAUCUACAGACCUGGAGUCAACAGUAAGAAGCUGA